CCCCGCCCCCCGGCCAAGGUGCUUAUAAGACGCGGCAGUCGGCGUCCCGCACACAUCAUAGAGCCAGCAGGAUUCUUAUUUGACUUUUUAUUUCAUUCUUUGAUGGACGUGACCGUGGAUCACGGGACCAUGGAUCACUUUAACUUCCGGCGUAAAGACGCAUGCGCGGCGGACAUCCAGCUGGAAUUUAGCAUCGUCCGCUCUCCGCCGCCACCGCCGCCGCCUCCGGACCAGGACGACGACGACGAGCUCGGCAAGUUCCUGGACUUGGAGUUCAUCUUGUCCAACACCAUCGGGUCAGAGGCCGCGGCGCCGCUGCCGCCGUCGUGCGCUUACGCGUUGCCGGAGUCGCCGGAGAGCUGCGGCGGCGGCGGGAGCUACCGGGGCUACGCGGACGACAAGGCGUACACCGAGCUCCGCGCGCCCAACCCGGCGUGUCAGUACCAGACCUGCAGGGUCAAACCCGAGCCAGGCGGCGCGCACCAAUGCAUGCUGGCCGGCGCGGACUGGCGCGCGUACCACAAGCCGCAGGCGGCGUUCAUGCGCAUGGCGCCGCCGCCCGAGCAGCACUACGUCAACGCGCACUACCAGUACGCGCACUACCCGGGACAGUACUGCGCGCUCACGCCGCCCUCCUCGCCCGCUCUGGCGGACUUCUACGCCCCGCCGGACGUCUGCGUCAAGCAGAAGCGCGGCGGCGGGCGCAGGCCGUGGGGACGCAAGCGCGCCGCCACGCACAGCUGCGAGUACCCGGGCUGCGGCAAGACCUACACCAAGAGCUCGCACCUCAAGGCGCACAUGCGCACGCACACAGGAGAGAAACCAUACCACUGCACCUGGGAGGGCUGCGGCUGGAAGUUCGCCAGGUCGGACGAGCUGACUCGACACUUCCGCAAGCACACGGGCCACCGCCCCUUCCAGUGCCACCUGUGCGAGAGGGCCUUCUCCCGCUCCGACCACCUGGCCCUGCACAUGAAGAGGCACCUGUAGACUAUCACGGGGGCGACAACAGGUGGGGACCCCGAAAAAAAACCGCCACCAAAGUGGCCGUACCUAUUUGUUUACAAUCAAGAGCGCUAAUUUGCUGUUAUCGGUUAGCUGUUCUAGCCAUUUUUAGCUAUUCCCUGUCCUCCAGUGAUAAUGCUACUUGUAAGAAACUCACUUUGUCGCCACGGAGGCCAGGAUUAGCGAUUUAGAAGUAGCUGAUAGCAGGCGUUUUGUCCUCUCCUGUCAAGUGCACCGUGUGUGUGUGUGUGUCCAUCCAUCCAUUUUCUACCACUUGUCCCUUUUGGGGUUCCCUUUAGUAGGCGCUAGCAAAGUGACCUAGCAUGUCCAUACCUAUUUGUUUACAUUCAGGAGCGCUAAUUUGCUGUUAUCGUUUAGCUGUUCUAGCCAUGUUUAGCUAUUCCCCGUCCUCCAGUGAUAAUGCUACUUGUAAGAAACUCACUUUGUCGCCACGGAGGCCAGGAUUAGCGAUUUAGAAGUAGCUAAUAGCAGGCGUUCUGUCCUCUCCUGUCAAGUGCACCGUGUGUGUGUGUCCAUCCAUCCAUUUUCUACCACUUGUCCCUUUUGGGGUUCCCUUUAGUAGGCGCUAGCAAAGUGACCUAGCAUGUCCAUACCUAUUUGUUUACAUUCAAAAGCGCGAGCUAACUAGUAUCGGUUAGCUGUUCUAGCCAUUUUUAGCUAUUUCCUGUCCUCCAGUGAUAAUACUACUUGUAAGAAACUCACUUUGUCGCCACGGAGACCAGGAUUAGCGAUUUAGAAGUAGCUAAUAGCAGGCGUUCUGCCCUCUCCUGUCAAGUGUGUCGUGUGUGUGUGUCCAUCCAUUUUCUACCGCUUGUCCCUUUUGGGAUUCCCUUUAGUAGGCGCUAGCAAAGUGACCUAGCAUACCCAUACGGUCCAUACCUAUUUGUUUACAUUCAAAAGCGCGAGCUUGCUGGUAGCAGUUAGCUGUUCUAUCCGUGUUCAUCCUCCAGUGAUAACGAUACUUGUAAGAAAUCCACUUUAUUUGUCGCCACGGAGGCCAGGAUUAGUGAUUUAAAAGUAGCUAAAACACGUUAGCUAUGUUUUAAAGCGUUCUCCCCUCUCCUGUCCCCACGCUGUUUCUGCCUAUGUGUGUGUCCAUCCAUCCAUGUUCUACCGCUUGUCCCUUUUGGGGUUCUGCAUGUGUGUGUUAAAUAACCAAAGUAACAAAAGCAGCAUAGUUAGUGCCUUCGACCACCUGGCCCUGCACCUGUAGACUAUUAUGGGAUGUCAUGGGCCUUGCGUACUCAUACCUAUUUGUUUACAUUCGAGAGUGCUAGUUUGCUGUUAGCGGUUGGCUAUUGCAUCCAUGUUAAACUAUUCCUGGUCCUCCAGUGAUAAUGCUACUUGUAAGAAACAUACUUUGUCACCAGGGAUUAAUGAUUUAGAAGUAACUAAAACACGAUUAUGUUUUAAAGCGCAAGUUUCUUGUUUUUUUAAACCAAAACACGUCCAUUCUCCACUCUCCUGUCUCCACACUGUUUCUGCUUGCAAGUGUGUGUGUGUUAAAUAACCAAAACUAGUGCCUUGCAUACCCAUACAGUCCAUACCUAUUUGUUUACAUUCUGGAGCGCGAGCUUGCUGUUAGCGGAAAGCCCUUCUAUCCAUGUUUAGCUAUUCCUCGUCCUCCAGUGAUAAUGAUACUUGUAAGAAACAUACUUUGUCGCCAGGAUUGGUGAUUUAAAAGUAGCUAAAAAAACGUCGGCUAUGUUUUUAAGCACACAUUUCUUAAACCAAAACACGUCCAUUCUCCACUCUCCUGUCUCCACACUGUUUCUGCUUGCAAGUGUGUGUGUGUGUGUGUGUGUGUGUGUGUGUGUGUUAAAUAACCAAAACAAUGUUUUCCAAAGGCUGUAUAAGUUAGUGCCGUCUUGAAUUCCCCUGGCCCCCGCACAUGGAGAGGGCACCUGUAGACUAUUAUGGGAUGUCAACAAGUGCAACCCCCCGCUCUGCCGCCCUCUAGUGGCCGCGACCAAAGUGUACAUACUUGUGCAUAUAUGAGCUAAAUUAUGACCGACUAAGUUAUUGACUUUGUGAGUGCCUUAACCAGCUGCUGUGUAGAAUUCUUUGUACAUUUAUUUGUGUUUUUUUUAUUUUAUUUUUUAUAAAAGCCACAGAGUGCCUAUGAAGGUUAGCAUUCGCAGGGAUAUCUGUUGUUUUUUUUUUUUUUAAAUAUAUAUAUUUGAAAAGUAUACACCCUAUGAACUACACGACAAGAUUGUAUUUUUUACAAGCAAGGGCUGAAAAAUAAAAGUACUUUUGAUAAA